CCGCCUCCUCCUCCCAGCUGCGUCCGCCGCUGCCCCGUCUGUCCGCACCGGUGUCUGCCCCCGCUGCACGGCGCUCUGCCCCUCUCCCGCCCCGGACCCGACGCCUCUCGCCUCCUCGUUCACCGCCCCGGCUCCCCCGAACUCCCCUUUCCCACCCCGCCGCCGCCGCCGCCGCCUCCUCCUCCUCCGCCGCCUCCUCCUCCUCCUCCGCCACCCGGUGCAUGCACCAGCGGCGGAAUCAUGACGGGCAUCGCCGCGGCUUCCUUCUUCUCCAACUCCUGCAGGUUCGGCGGCUGCGGUCUCCAGUUCGAGUCGCUCGCCGAGCUCAUCGUCCACAUCGAGGACAAUCACAUCGACACUGAUCCGCGGGUUCUGGAGAAGCAGGAGCAACAGCAGCCCACUUAUCUGGCCCUAAGCUACAUCAACAGGUUCAUGACCGAUGCCGCACGGCGGGAACAGGAGACCAUGAAGAAGAAGGCCACGCCCAAAUUGUCCCUGUCCAUCACGGGCGGCGUGUCCAGGAACAGCACGGCCACGCCUCCCCGCCACACAAGCGGUAACCUGACGCCCCCCGUCACGCCCCCCAUCACCCCCUCCUCCUCCUUCCGCAGCAGCACACCCACAGGCAGCGAGUAUGAUGAGGAGGAGGUAGACUACGAGGAGUCAGACAGCGAUGAGUCGUGGACCACAGAAAGUGCCAUCAGCUCCGAGUCCAUCCUCAGCUCCAUGUGCAUGAACGGGGGCGAGGAGAAGCCGUUUGCCUGCCCCGUCCCCGGCUGUAAGAAGAGAUACAAGAAUGUGAACGGCAUCAAGUACCACGCCAAGAACGGCCACCGCACGCAGAUCCGAGUGAGGAAGCCCUUCAAGUGUCGCUGCGGCAAGAGCUACAAGACGUCGCAGGGCCUGAGACACCACACUAUCAACUUCCACCCGCCCGUCUCCACCGAAAUCCUGCGCAAGAUUCAAGGCUAGAGCCUGUGGCCGCGGCAAUCAAGUACCCCAAACAUAGCCCUGUUCCAUCCCGAUUCUCCUUCCCCAACCCCCUUUUAUACCCACCCCACACACUAAAAGAUCAAGUGCAUGCUUUAAGUUGUUCUUAAUUUCAUUUUAUCUUUUUGUUAGUUUGUGUUACAAAAAUCUUUUUUCUAUCCAUGUUAUAUCACUUGUAUUUUUUUGGAAAAGAAAAAGGUAUCCUCGUAGUAUUUUUAUUCUUGUACAUUUGCACAUUCGUAUAUGCUAUCACGUAUUUUUUUCUUCUUCUAUUGUUUGACUCGUAUAUGGUGCUAACUGUAAAAACAAAACAACAGAGAGAAAAGACAAAAAAACAAAAUGAAAGGAGAGAGAGGAAAAUGUAAAAAAAAAAAAAAAAAGGGAGCUGUGAAACAGGAAGUACAAACCUGCCCCCCCCCCCCCGCUCGUCCUUUUGUGUGGGAUGAAGUUGAUUUCAAUGCUGAUUCAAUGCUGAUCCGACUUUCUCCGAGUCGCAGAGUUUUCCCUGAGCUUGGAUCUGUGCUUUCACGGGGAACUCCCGGGGGUUUAAAGUGCGAGAGUAUACUUUAAAAAUAAAUAGAUAUAUAAACAAUAGACAGAUAUGUAUGUGUACAUAAAAUAUAUAAAGGUAUUCAUGAGCAUAUACAUAGUUACACUUUAUUUUCAAGCUUUAUUUUAUAUAUAUAUAUAUUUCCGUCAGUGUUUUAGAUAGUUUUUUUUCUUCUGUUUCAGUGUAGGUGUUCCUUUCAUUCCUUUCUUGCUGAGUUUUGUCACCUCGGAGGGGAAAAGGCCGUACACCCGGCCGACGUCGGGUUAUCACACGUCCUAGAGAUGCGGAGCUAAUACGCCUUUUCAGUGUGACACCCUCUGAAUGCAAUACUUUGCUUGUUGAUCAGGAAGAGAACGUAUACGAAACAAGCGCUGGGGCCAAUGGUCCGUACGUUUACCUUUUCCUCCCCGCAGAAAUCUACCCAUGUAUUUCCCACAUCUCCAGUGUUUCCUCAUUCAGAGUGCCAGAGAGCUGUGUUCGAGAGACUUAGCCGCGGAAGCGGGUUAAGCGUCGCACUAUAUUCCACUUGCCAAGAUGUCUUUGUUUUUUAAUUUUUUCCACGAUAGUUGCCAACAGCUCUCCACUGCCAAACAUUGACCAUACCAUGUGCCUGAAGAGGGUGUGGGAGGGUGGGGAGGGGUGGUUGGGGAUGUCACUGUUUGAACCAAGAGGUCGCCAAGUUGUGUGGCAGUGUUUGUUCUUGUUCAUGGCGCCUCCAAAGCGCGUGGAUGUAAAUUGACGGAAUGUCUUCAAGCAUGCUUUCUGUGUCGUAACGCGAGAAACAAUGUGGGAAAGAGGAGCCGAUGGAUUUGUAUCUGAUUACCACCUACAACAUGUCAUUUGUGUGUCUGUGUUGUAGACAAUGGCAUUCCAGUUGUGACGGGUGUGUGAAUGUGUGUGACGUGUACGAGUGUGUCUGUAUCCGAGUUAUCAGCCUAUAGAGUGUUACUGUGUUCAGUGUGUUUCAGUGCCAGGCCGGUGGUUGGUUCAACUCCUGUGGAGCAGGAUAGUUCGGUGGCUGGCCGGCUGCUGGUGUUGCGUCAUGUUAAGUGCUGUUGCCCUGACUGGGAUUUCAUCAUUCAUUUGCCUCGAGAAAAACAAGUGCGGCGCCGCGUGCCAAGACACAUGCAUGUAUGACAUUGUUUCCCUCAUCAAGUUUUGCAGGAGUAUUUUUUUUUUUACUCUUCAUUCGAUGGGUACAGUGACCUCCGGCACGCACACGCCCUCCUGUCCUCCAAGCUGCUAUUGCCAUGGAAACCACUGGGGUUUAGCAUGGCAAAAUACUUUUUUUUUUUUUUUAAAUGUAUUUAUACACUAAAUUUGUCUUAUAUUCUUUUACAAGGCAGAUUCCAGAAAAUGACAUUGAAGAAAAAAUAUUGUGGUUAUCACCAUGUACCUUGCAUUGCUUUUUUAACGUUGUGUGAAACCAAACAAACAAGCACAAACGUUGACAUCCACCAUUAAGUGGACCAAGAUCUGUAAAACCUCGGUAUCAGUUUCAUAGUACAUGUGUGGACUUCCUACCCUGAACAUGACCCUGGGAUAAUGGUUUGCGUGCGAUAGAGACGCUUCAUUCCUGUCUGUCAGUGUCAGGGAUCGGAGCAAAGACAGGCCAGAGAUGGACGGCGACUGAGAGUCUCCCGUUGGAGCUCUGUCAAACACUUGUAAAAUCAUUCCGGCUUCAUGGACACCGCCGUUGCCAUGACAAUAGUUUGAUUUUUACGGGGGGGAUUGCAGUAUUACACACAUGAGAAAGGAGGAGCGGAGGCUGUGUGCAGAAGGAGGGGGGGGUGAGGGAGGGAUUUCAAUAUACUGUGUACAGUGAAUGUAUUGUAAUGUGUGUCUGUCGUCAAGUGCUUUUUAAAUUAUAUUUUCGUAUGUAAUGUGGAGACCGAUGUUCCCUUUUUGUAUUGGGGGGGUUGUGAGCAGAGUGAUGUAAAUGAUGUCAAACUGUCUUUCUAUAUAAAAGAGAAGCUGCUUCAAUGUAAACAGAAAAGGACUGAAAAGAAAACAUCCCGGAAAAAAAUAAAGUAAAAAAAAAAAU